AUGGAAUUCUUUAAAGAAACAGUGAAACGUACAGCUAACCUAGUCACUCUUUGGCAAACUGUUGGAUUUUGUCAUGGUGUAUUAAAUGCAGAUAAUAUGAGUAUUAUUGGCUUAACAAUUGAUUAUGGUCCAUUUGGUUUUAUUGAUCAGUUCACUUGGGAUCAUAUAUCGAAUACAUCAGAUCCAAAUGGACGUUAUUCAUAUGCUCAACAACCAAGUGUUUGUGCAUGGAAUUUAGCUCGUCUAGCUGAAUGUUUAAUUCAAGCAUUAAUUGAUCAACAGAAAUGUUCAUCUGAUAAAACAGCGAAUAAAGAAUGCAUAUUUGUUGAUAAUCUUUAA